UUGUCAUUGGUGCCUACGUCUAUCGCUACAGGGCAGCAGAUUUGCAUGACUAGCUAUAAAACGAAAAGCCGAGGUAAUUGCGCCAUUCAGAUUUUCGUUGAUAAAAUUCACAGUAAUGCCUGAGCCGAAAGCCGCCCCUGUGCCCAAAAAGGGUUCUAAGAAGGCCGUUUCUAAGAGUCAGGCGAAGGGUGGUAAGAAACGCAGAAAGUCCAGGAAGGAAAGCUAUUCCAUCUACGUGUAUAAGGUGCUGAAGCAAGUGCACCCUGAUACUGGUAUUUCUUCUAAGGCUAUGGGCAUCAUGAACUCGUUUGUGAACGACAUCUUUGAGCGCAUUGCUGGCGAGGCUUCUCGUUUAGCGCACUACAACAAGCGCUCGACAAUUUCUUCAAGGGAGAUCCAAACUGCCGUAAGACUGCUACUACCAGGCGAACUUGCUAAGCAUGCCGUGUCCGAGGGCACCAAGGCAGUCACCAAGUACACUAGCUCCAAAUAAAUGGUGGAAGUCGUACUAGAAAACAAAGGCUCUUUUUAGAGCCACAUACUUCACCUACAAAGAGCUCCAUUUACCUAAUAAGCCAUCGUUGAGGUGGCCACA